CCACCACCACCACAACUGACGUCAUUGGUUAUCCUCAUGAAUUUGGCCUCUUCAGAUCACUUGGUGGCUCACUGUCUUGAGGUCCCAGUCCAGCUGUUUCCACCGAUUUGGACUCUUCUCAGGUGCAGUGGCAAAGUCAACUAAUCAGGAUGCUGUUUGGCUUCUUCUUAUUCUCUGUUGGACUCCUCUUCAGCAUAAGAACAUGCACUGCAGCACAAGCAGAGUUGAGGAUUACUACAAUAAUGCAAGAGCCUUACACGAUGUCCAAAGGCUCUCAGCUGGAGGGUUUCUGCAUGGACCUGCUGUCUGAGGUAGCCAAGAAGGUGGGCUUCAAGUACAAAGUGCACCUGGUCAAAGACAACUCUUAUGGCAGGCAGGAUGAUAACGGACACUGGAACGGCAUGGUCGGCGAAGUCGUGAGAGGGGAGGCCGACCUGGCCAUUGCGCCGCUGACGCUCACGGCGGCUCGGGAGAAGGCGGUAGGGAUGACGAAACCCUUCAUGCAGACGGGAAUAAGCAUCCUGAUGAGGAAGGACAUCUCAGAGGAAACGGGAUUCCUUGAUUUCCUCACCCCCUUUUCAGCCAAGACGUGGGCUGGCAUCAUUGUUGCUUACCUGGCAACUGCUGCUUGCCUCUCACUAGUGUCCAGAGUCAGCCCGAGUGAGUGGAGUCAUCCUCAGAGUGAAGAGAACAUCUUCAGUCUUCCGUACAGUUUGUGGUAUGCAGUUGGAGCGCUGACUCUGCAAGGUGCCGGUCCGCACCCCCGAGCCCUCUCGGGCCGAGUCAUCUGCUGCAGCUGGUGGUUAUUCGCCGUGGUCAUCCUGGCUUGUUAUUUCUCCAACCUCAGCUCGUCAAUGAGCCCCGAGUCCACUCAGCUGACGGUGAAAGGAUUCCAGGACUUGGCCAAUCAGGAUGUGAUCCAGUAUGGAUGCUUGAGCGCCUCCUCCACUCUGGCUUUCUUCAAGAAUUCCGACAACCCAGUGUACCGCAGGAUCUAUGAACACAUGGAGAGAAGUAGAAGUUAUGUGUCGUCCAUGGAUGAAGGCAUCCAGCGAGCAAAGGAGGGCAACUUUGCCUUCAUAGGAGAGUCUGUCUCUCUCGACUUGGCGGUGGCGCGUCAUUGUGACCUCGUCAGAGCACAUGAAGUAGUCGGCAUGAGGGGAUACAGCAUUGCCGCCACGCUCGGUUCUCCAAUCCUAAAGAACCUGAGCGUGGCCAUCCUGCAGCUGAGUGAGGCCGGCGAGCUGGCCUAUCUUCAGAGUAAAUGGUGGGCCAGCAGCUGCAUGGUGGACAAGGCCAAGUCCACAGCUGUGCAGCCACACAGUCUCAAGGGGAUGUUUGUGGUUCUUGCGCUGGGCCUGACACUGGGAGCUCUGCUGGCUGUCCUGGAGCUCUCCUCCAGGAGUCGCAGCAAUGCGGCAGAGCAGAAGAAAGCCUUCUGUCGGGUCCUGACUGAGGAGCUCAGCUUGCGUUUCAGGAACAAGAAUGCAAACAGCGUUCAAGAUCCUGCUGAUGAUAAAGAUACAGACAAGGCAUAGAAGCAUCCUUCAAAAACUGACACAACCUCAUUUUCUUCUCAUUUGACAGAACCGCUAACUGUAGGUUAAGCUAGUGUACCUUAUAUAUAAAAAAAAAAAAUCAUUGUUUCAAAAUUCACAUUGUUAGUUAAAUAAUAAUUAACAAAAAUGUUCAUGAACAAUUAACAAUUCUAACUGAGCUAACAGCAAUAUGCAUAAAACAUUUUGUAAACAGUCAGCAUGCAGUAGGAUGCAAUUAUUACAGUAGGCUGAACUCGAUUAAAAGUGUCUAAAAAGUGGUUAUCAAGUGUGUUUCUUGUCAUUUUACUUGGACACACUUCUUGUGGUAAUUUGAACAAAGUAAUAAAGUAAGAGUG